UUGUUGUCAAUAGAAUAUCAAUGCAUUUGGACAAUACUGCUUCUGAUUCCGAGCAGUCAAAGUCUUUACAAAUUAAUGUUGAAGUUUCAAAACGUCAUAGGCCAAGAAAAGAAAGAACUGCAAAAGAACAUUUGGACUCUUUUAAUGAACGUUCACUAUUUUGGGAAGAUGAAGAUGGGGAAAGGACAGUUUAUUUGUUUGAUUAUACAAAUGAAGAAAAUAGUAGACAUAGAGGACAUGAAUUUAUUAAUCGACAUUUACUUCAAGAAUUGAGGGAUAAUGACCUAUGGCGUUUAGUUAGGCAUCCUUUAGUUUUGAAUUUUGUUAAUGAAAAGCUUAUUUCUUGUGCAUUCUUCUAUUUAUUUCAUGUUGUUAUUUACUUCGUUUAUCUUGGAUUACUUUUCUCAUAUGCUGAAGGGCCGCCAUCAAUUGCUAAAAAUCUGUUAGUGACUGUCAUUAUUUUUUUCUUCAUUUUUAUUUUGGUAGUCAAAGCUUCACUUAAAUUACAAAUUAAAAGUCCAUCAAAAUUGAGUGCUUGGUUUUAUCUAUCAUAUACUUGGACAGUGAUAACUUCUUUAAUUGCUUUAUUUUAUAUUUGGAGUUGGCAAAUAUUUGAUUUUGACAAAAACUGUUGGAUGGCUUUUACCUAUUGUGGCUAUUAUUGCGUAAAUAUUUGUUUUUUUUUAAUUUAUAUAAUUUUUAGUUCAUGGAUAAAUUGUCUUUAUGUUCUUCGGAAAGCACCUUGUGGCCCUUAUAUUUUAAUGAUGAGCAAAAUACUUUAUUCUUUUCUUGGGACUUGUGCUGUUUGGAUUCCAACACUUUUUACCUUUGCUUUUGCUUUUCUAUUAAUUAUGCGUAAUUCGGGUGCUCGGCCAUGGGAUGAUCCUGAAAGAAAAAAUAAUUCAACUUCUUUUAUGCUUGCAUUAUUUCAAUCAUUCACAAAAACAUCUGCAAUGAUGAUUGGGGAAGUUGAGGCAAAUGAUAUUUUGGAUAUGAAAGAAUGGAUAGCUAAUUUGUUGUUACUUUUAUUUGAAAUAAUUACUGUGAUUCUUCUAAUGAAUUUAAUGAUAUCUUUGGCUGUUGGGGAUGUUAAUGAAUUAAAUUUGUCUGCUGAAGAAAUGGAUUUAAAAAUUAAAGUUAAUUUUUGUAUUGAAUCUUUACAUUUAUCUGAACAAAUAUCUUUUGCUCACAGAUUAAUUAAUGUAUUACAUCGUUCUAAAACAAAUAAUGUUUUGGUUGUUGAAAAAAAUGGACAAAGAGUUUUUUCUAAAAAUGUUAGAAAUAUAAGAGAACAUUAUUUUGAUGUCCAUUUAUCAGCUCGUUCAGAACAACAAAAAGAAAAUGAAGGAAUAAAUAAUGAUCAAAAUGGAGUUAUUUCAGUUAAUGAGCAAAAAUGUUAUGAACUUGAAAUUAAUACAAAAGGAUUAAAAUUACGAAAAGAAUUGCUUUCUAGUCGAAGGGCGACAUUAUUAAAUAUUGAAGGAAUUAUAAUAAAAUUAUCAGAAUCCCCGUCAUCAGGAAUUCAACAAUUAAUUACUAGUUCAGAAAAUAUAGAAAUUUUGGGAAAUAUUAAAAAUGGUGAAACUUUGUGUAGAAAAUUUAAGCGUUGGUUUAUUGGAUUAAAUUUGAAGGCAUUACUUUAA